AUGCAGAAUCUUCCCAACGAGCUCAUCGCUCAUAUCCUCAGCUUCCUCGACUCUGAACCUGAUUUACAACGACGCAUUUAUCAAGACCCUGGCAAGCUUUCAAGACCUGUAUCGUCUGGACCGGAUACGCCCCUCAAGAAUGCUUCAUUAGUAUGUCGGCUUUGGAGAACUUCUGUGAUAACUUCUUUGUUUCGCCAUGUCGUCUGGUCGUUUUGGCGUUUCUAUAAACCAGUCGCACAAGACAUCGCAUCCGAGAUCGAGGUUCUGAGUUUCAUACGGCGCAAUAACUUGGCAUCAAUCGCCGAGAGCUUUACUAUAUUGAUUGAUAUUCCUCGGGGAUCGGGACAGAACCGAUAUGCCGACGAUCAAUGCUGGGGAGUCUUACCUCCUGCGGUGAAUCAGCCAGAGAGGCCCGUGUCUUGGAAUCUCAUGUGGUCUGUCCUGGAGAAUCAGCAUAACAACGAACUUGCCAGCACAAGAAGCGACGAGGAUAGAGCGCGGACUCAUUGGGAUAACAACUGGCUUUGGCAUACCAUAUUCGACGUUAUAGACCCCUUGCGCGUCACCUUGGUCAGCUCGAUAGACAUCCUCGCCUCGCUUCUGAGUCGAACCGUCGACUUGUCGAGUUACUGGGCUUUCAACAGUUCCUAUUAUGUCAUAUCGUUAUCACGACCAUCUCACAGUAUCGAGCAAAAGAAAAGAUCAGAUCUAUUACCGUCGCAGCUUUCUGGCCUACGAAACCGCAUCCCUUGCGACCUAUUUCACAUCAGAGACUGGACUUCGCUUCUUAUCAACGAAGGCUCUUUCGCGCCUGUCUAUUCGACAUAUGAAUUCUUUCACUAUUCAGCAGCAACUCUCCUCCCUGCCAUAUUUGACGCCUCAGAUCCUUCAUUCAAUGUCAUUUGCGAAAACCUCAAGUCCUUUUCCUACAUCGCCACGUUCCCCCUCUCUCACCACAUUUCCGACUUUCUUAUCCCUAACUGUCCACCUGUCGAACACCUUUAUGUGCAGCUCAUGCCCAAGAAUCGCGACUUUUGGGAGAGCAGUAGCCUUGCAAGAGUAAAUCUUUCCGAUCUAUGGCUUGAGUGCGAUACCUCGUACGCUCUAUUGGUGCGUCAGAUGUUAGAACCUAUCCCGCAGCAAGGCUGGCAAAAGCUGAGAAUGUUUGAAACGGGCGACACGCCAGCAGAGGGUGUUUGGGGGAUGAACUCAUAUGAUGCGCAUAUCAACGGCGCAAAUGGGUGGAAGGAAGAGCGUGGGGGCGUUUUCGUGAAGGACAUCUCCCAGAGCAAUAGUGAGGAACAAACUGUGGAAGAUGGAGCGCAAGUAUAG